GGUAGAAGGUGACGAAGAGUGACGAGGUGAGUACUUUCUAGUGCCACGUUCGUAGUGACGUCACAUCAGGAGGUGCAAAGUCUUCCCAGACCGGUUCUCAGUUCCCGAACACGGUAGAAGCAGCGGACGAGGCGCCCGUGACAUUACCGCUGCCUGGAGAAAGCCACCUGACCGGAUCACGUGAACAGAGAGAGCCGCAGAGUGACUGAGGGAGAGAGGACGGGGCGCUGACUGCUGCGGGAUUGCAACACACGAGACGAAAGCCGGGAUGAUGAGGGUGCGGGGCGCCCCGCCACACCUGCUACUGUUCAUGCUGCCCGGACUGCUCCUGCUGCUGUGGGGGGUGACCGGCGCCACCGCUGCAGAUGCUUGUGAAGUUGAAAAGUCAUGUUCUUCCUGUGUUAAUGUCACAGGGUGUUUUUGGUUAAGCUGUAAUAACGGCUUGACGGAAACCUGUUCAAAUGAUUCAUCUGAAGCCAACUGCUCUGUUCAAUCUUGUCAAGUUCCAUCCACAGCUCCAACCACAGCACCAACCACAGCUACUUCAGCAGCUGAAUCGGCAACAAAUAUAACUGCAAAUACUACUGCAUCUACCUCAGCCACAGCUGCAGUAACCAACAGCUCUACAGCCAGUGUUGCACCCACUUCCAAUAGCACUUCAAGCACACCCACAAAAACACCUGCACCAUCAACAGCCCCUAUCAAGAAGAACACCUUUGACGCCGCUAGUUUCAUUGGAGGAAUAGUCCUUGUACUGGGUGUUCAAGCUGUGGUGUUUUUCUUGUACAAAUUCUGCAAGGCCAAAGACAGGAAUUACCACACCCUAUAAACCCAGUUGCUCAGGACUGCUCACCUACAUUGCUCUAACCAAAUGGAAACUCUGAGAUUAUUCAUUGGAAAGUCAAACAGAAGGCCCUUUCUUCCUCUACAAAUGUUUGUACCAUCGCUAUCAAGAAGGAAGCUCAGCUUAACAUUGCUGUGGAUGCAUGUUUCCCUUCUUCUCCAAAAGUAUUUUGAAACUGCUGUUCUAUUCUUCAUCAUACAAAGUCUAUAAGGGGUAAAUCUGAUAAAAGAAAUGUUAUUUCAGGGAAUGGUUUUAGACUAUUGCAAAAACUGUAAGGUUGUUAGAUUGAUGUGAGUGAUGUUAGGAGCAGGGCAGUCGGUGGGUGUUGCAUAUCGGAAUAAUAAUCUUGCCCCCUCAGUUCUAUUGGUGAAACUUUUAACUAAAGUUCACUGUACAUUCUUGGAAAGAAAAUGAUUUCUCAACAUCUUCUUAAGUGCACCUUAUUCCUAAAAGAAGGUGAUAUUUUGAGAAUUGUGCCUUAAAAGACAUAUUGAAAGUAUCCCAUGUUUUGGUUAUUUAAUAUUGCAUUGGCCUUUUUGUAGCUUUGCUUGUAUGACUGGCCAUUGCCCUGUGUCUUCAGCCUCUUAGAAUGCAAAUGACUUCAUAAUGUUUAAGGUAACAAACUGGGCUGAAUUCAAUUCAUCUUCCCUUCUCUAUAUAAUAGUUUUCCUUGAUCUUAGAGUGGUCUAUUGAUUACUGGGCUUACUUGUCUUUUUUUUCUUUUUAUUUAUAAUGAUCCUUUCUGUGGGUCAGUCCAUUAAUGAAGGAAAAAUAUAUACUCUUUGCUCUAACUCUUUGGACUUCAUGGCCUUGUUAUACAGCAUGGUUCCAUUAUUGAUUCUUAACGCUUUCCUGUUUCCCACUGGUCCAUAAAUAUGUAAAGCGCAUUCAGACCUAUUCCCCAUUGCAUGAUCUGUGCAGAUGUGAUCCGACUAAUUGUUACAGGCAGAUGGGAGAACGAAAUCUGUUACUGCAGCAAUAAAUGUUUUCCAAUGCUCAAGGGAGUCUAGUGUGCAGGUUAUGUGCCAAAAGCUGUUCUCUUCUGAAUUAUUAGGUUUACUAGGAAACUAAUAAGAAAUUACUUUAAAUCAUCCCAUCCCAUACCAAUUCUGUCACAACUUCUUCUCAGAACAUGCUAUAGAUAAGUAAUGAUUAUAACACCUUUUAAUUCCUUUUACCUGAGCGGACAUUGGACAUGGGAAAUGUUACUAGACUGAACAAAAGAUAUGACCCAAAAACGGUACAAACUAAUGGGACACAUGUACUUUAAUGGGUGUUUGCUAGGUAUAGGCAACAGUCGUGCCCAGUGUGCAGUUGGGUUACUUCAUGGCUAAUAUGAGGUCACACAGUAGAGUAUGCCAACACAAGUGUAGGGAGGAUCUGUUUGUGCAGGGAAAGUUCCAUAAUAACAACAUAUGUCAUGGAUACUGGUCAAUUAUAGAUUUGGACCUCCUAAUAAUCAUUUGCCCCAGUGAGCUUUUUUAGAAUGUUAUGCAAGGGCACUGAAACAAAUGGUUAGCUCUGGUGUCAUGGCGCACUUUAUUCAAAUCACUAUACUGACACACUAUACUAUACUGUUGGGAAUCUGUGGCACAGGACCAGAGUCAGGUAGUGAUAGAUGAAGAUGACAGAAGUUGUCCUGCCUUGACUAGUGGUCUUGAUCAUUAAAGGAGAUCUCCAGUAUUAAAAAACGUAUCCCCUAUCAUAAGGAUAGGGGAUAAGUUUAAAAUCGCAUGGGGUCCCAGCGGUCGGAUCUCCUGUACGGGGCCCCGGCUCUCCGGCCAGAGAGCGUGUGUCGACCACUGCACGAAGCGGCGUCCGACACGCCUCCCUCAAUACAACUCUAUGGGAGAGACGGAGCGCUGCGUUUGGCAAUCUCUGGCUCUGCCAUAGCGCUGUAUUGAGGGGCGUGUUGGCUGCCGCUUCGUGCAGUGGUCGACACACACGCUCUCUGGCCGGAGAGUCGGGGUCCCAUACAGGAGAUCGCUGUCGGGCCCAACGCGAUCUGAAACUUAUCCUUUAUCCUUAGGAUAAGAGAUGCGUUUUAAAACACUUGACUACUCCUUUUAAGUACAAAGCAACAGGGUUCUCCUGCCUCACAUGGGCCUCUGUGCUUGACUAGCGGCAGCUCCCCUAAACACCAUCGACUUGUCAAAUAGAAGCAAAGGCUCUAAGAAUUGGAAUUCAGCCAAAAUCACUUUCUUUAUUGUUGAUUUGAAACAGUAAGUCCCAACCAAAUCUUUGCUGUUUUAUAUGUAAUUUGCAAUAUAGGCAUAUAAGUGAUUUUAGCUGAAAUCCAUUGGACACUGUACUUUUUAUAGUCUUUAUCACUCCAUAUUAAAAAUUGUUGUUUUGUUUGUGUUUUUCUUAUAAUGCAGUGAACACACCGCUUUCUACUGGUGGCUAUAAACAUUCUGGUCAUAAUCUGAAUGGGUUCAGAAACUAAACACAGUAAAAUAUACUACUCUCACUUAUGGGUGCGUUUUCCAAGUGCCUUAAAGUCUUGUUUUCAGUGCAGUUUUCUCCUUUUAAAUACUAAAGAUGACCAGAUUGUAUCUGGUGAAUGUAUGCGGGGUAUAGCAUGCAUACAAUAUCUCAUUUCCUUAUGACUGUAAAUAGGUUGAACAUGUCACAGUGACUGGAAAUUAACUACAGCCUGCAGAGAAUGUUUACUGUAGACUUGCCAGAGUUAAGAAAUGCUGCCUUACCAAUGAGAAAUACCGUAUAUCAGUGUAAAUGGAAAGUCAUUUGACAAAUAUUUUGUGCAUGAGCAAAGACAGGAUUUUCUGUAAGCAGUUUUCCCCUUGAAGAGAGGGGGCCGGUUUUCUCCAUAGACUCGCCAGUAGUUGCCAUUUGCUAAUCAUGGAUGUUGACAACUGAUAAUGGUGCAUGCACUGUAA